UUGAGAUGGAAACAGAGUCGGGGUGAAACAGAGAAAGCUGGCAUGAGACAUGCCAAGAAACACAUACACACACAGCACAAAACAAAACAGCACUACGAGGAAACCCACAGGUGGUGAGAGGGGUGGUGCUUAACCAUUCUCUUCCAUAUCAAAGUGAGACGAUUGGACGAUUCCUACACGUUCGGGUCGUUGGUGUGUGACAUGAAUGAAAGAGGCUCAGACUGGCUGCAGUGGACAGAGUGUUGUUUACAUUGCUGCCAAGGAACUGGAUUAAGACUCUUCUAAAAAGCACAGCAUCAAAAGGGGAGAGUUUCUUCAAGGAAAGAGUUUUCCAUCACAUCUCUAAAACUUCACUCACUUAGGUAAGGGCUUUGAAUAUUACACAUUAAUAAUAUUAGAAAAUCUAGUAAAAUACAGCUUAUUCUUUGUGUUUUACUUCAGAUUCUGGCAAGGGCUCCUCAUUCUUGUCUUUGUGAAUAUUGCUCUUAUUAAAACUAUUUUCAAGCGUACCAUAUUUGGGGGCUCAUCCGGGAUAUAAACUGAUCUUUUGAUCUCCGACUGGGGUUUCAAAACUCAUCCUUGGUCCUCCUCAGACUCAGAUCUUUUUCAGUAGACACCAUGUCAGCUGUGACCAAUCAGCCUCAUCCGUUUGCUCGACUUGAGCGAGAGAAGCACAUCCAGAUGAUCUUCAGAGCUUUCAACAACCAAUGCGGGCCUUCUUGUGAGUGCCAGGCUCGCUCACCUGGAUCCAAAUCCCACAGAGUGCUUCCUGACAGUGAAUCUAAACAUCAGCUGUCAGACCUGACCCCUCAGAGGGAGCUGAAGGACUUCCACAUACAGCCUCCAGAGGCACCGAAAAAGCUGGACAUGAUGGAGGAGAAACUUGAAGAUGGAUCAGAGCUGGACAGCAUUUCUGCACUGGAGACAGUCAGUCAGAUUCACAUCACUGCCAAACCAGACCUUCAAGGUCCACAGUGUGUCUCCAGAAAAAUCUACAGCAUUGCAACUGGAGGCAGCAAGUCACAGCUUUUCGUGGGUGUGGAAGAGAGCUCCUGUAUAUGCCUCCUGUGUUGUGGUCCAGCUCGCCCCUGCUCCAUGAAGGGCGUUGACUGUAAGGGACGCCAGGUCUUUUAUUUUGAAAGGCCCCUCAGGGUGGACGCUUGCUGCACUGGGUGCUGCCUGAUGGAGAUGAGAGCAUAUUCAUCUCAAAAACAUCUUAUUGGCACUGUUUAUCAGAGGUGGAGCAUGUUUACCCCUCUCCUGGAAGUGUGUGAUUCAGACGGAGCCUCCAUAGUCAGGAUCCAGGGCUCCUGCUGCCCCUGGCGCUGCUUCUCCAACCAGCAAUUUCAGAUUGUCUCCAACAUCGGUGAACAAGUGGGUACAAUAUGGAAGAAAUGGCCUGGUUUCAAUGUUGGACAUAACAUGGAUCAUGAAUACUUUGGACUAGAGGUACAUUUGAGUUUGGAUUCACAGACAAAACUCCUGCUUCUUGCAGCUACUUUCUUGUUGAAUCACAUGUUUUUUUAGAUGAGCUGAUCACAAUAAAGGAACUCAAGUGAGACAGCUGCUUGAUGGAACGCUAAAAUGUUCCAGAAGUAACCAAGUUUCUAUCACAGAGAAGAAAAUACAAAAGUGGAGAAGCAUCUCAAACCUUAAAAUA